CAGGCAGUGGCCCUGGUGGAAGGCUUCCUCCUGAGCCAGGCGGAGGAGCAGAAGGACCAGGUCGAGUUGGAGUCCUUCACUGUGGACAUCAGAGAUCCUGAGGGAAGGAGGAAUCCUUCAAAUCCCCCUCAGGAGCUGUUCUUCAGGAGGAUCUCUCAGGAAGAUCUGAGUCAGGACACCUCAGGAGGGAAGAGUAGAACGAAGUUGACUCCUUCUUAUGGUGGAGCUGAAACAGCAGUUGAAUCUCUAACUCAAGAGGGUCUUGUGUCCUUCGAGGAGGUGGCUGUGUAUUUCUCCGAGGAGGAGUGGUCUCAGCUGGAUCCCCAGCAAAAAGCGCUGCAUUGGGAAGUCAUGCUGGAAAAUUAUAGGACCGUGGCCUCUCUGG